AAUUUGAUUAUGAUUAUCAAUAAUAUUUUUACAGCCUAUGUACCUUCCGGAAGACGUUGGAAUACCUUUUGGGGGAGCAGAAGAGGCAAACUUUUACGUGUUGGCCACGCAUUACGAAAAUGAGGAGUCUUUUACAAAUCUUAUUGACAACUCUGGUAUACGGAUAACUUACACAGCAAAGUUAAGAGAUCAUGAUGCGGCGUUCCUUUCCCUUGGAAACAUCAUUAGUCCUAACUGGCUUCAGUUUAUACCACCAGGAGAACCAAACUUUGUCCAGAAAGCCUACUGCUCAAUGAGAUGCCUUGGAUGGGGAAUUGGCAAUUGCUGGAAUAAAAAAGAUCUAAAUCAAAACAAUCUAAAACAUCUAGAGGACAAAAAAAUCUGGAUUAAUCAAAUCUAAACCAUCUGGAUCAACCAAAUCUGU